UGAUUGAACAGUGAAUGCAGUCUUCAGUGUCUCAACAUUAUUGCUACUAAUACGGUACGGUAGUAGCAUAUUGCCUACUAUCUACAGUGGGAAAGAAAGUAUAUUAUUGACUAUGGCUCUAUCAGCAACCCCUCCGGUUAUCUCCCCCACCUCCAGCCAGGGAUCGGGUGGCUUGUUCCGGUCUGAUCCCUUGUACACUAGCCCUGCGGAGUCCCCGAGACUGACCAACAGCAUGAUCAACUCUUUCAUCAGCAGCAGUAGUAACAGUGCCAGCGGCAGUAAUGAGUGUAAAAUGGUGGAAGUCCACGGGGUCAAGGUGGCCUCAUUCUCAGUAGAUGGACAGGAGCUCAUCUGCCUCCCCCAGGUUUUUGAUCUCUUCUUGAAGCACCUGGUUGGCGGACUGCACACGGUCUACACCAAGCUGAAGAGACUGGAUAUAUCCCCAGUGGUGUGCACUGUGGAGCAAGUCCGAAUUCUGCGCGGUCUGGGAGCAAUCCAGCCGGGGGUCAAUCGCUGCAAGCUGAUCUGCAGAAAGGACUUCGAAGCCCUGUACAACGACUGCACCAAUGCAAGCUCAAGACCUGGAAGACCCCCGAAGCGUUCGCUGGGCGUGGCGAUGCAGGAGAACUCUCGCCUGCUGCCCCACAGUGUCCACGGCCUUUUAUCACCAGGACUUAUCUCCCCAUCAGGUCUUACAGCGGCUGCCAUGGCUGAAGCAAUGAAACUGCAGAAGAUGAAGCUGAUGGCAAUGAACAGCUUGCAUGGGACUGGGAGUCAGAAUGGAACCGAGUCUGAGAAUGAGGAGCUCAACUCCAAUGCAGGAAUCAACCCACAACUUCUGAGGGCUCUACAAAACAGCCUGCAGAUGCAAAGAUGGCUUCAGAUGGCUGAUGACUCUUUGCUGUUAAGCAGCGGUGGGAGCGAGUCGUCCUGGGAUAAAGAGAAGCUGCAGUCCCCUCCUUCCACAGGAGUGCAGCAUGGGGUCACUCAUGCCGCUUUGUCUAGCCAGCACAACCUGGGAGCAGCACACCCACUCAGCUCCCUGCAACAGAACCAUCUGCUAGCUAACAGACUUGACUUGCCAUUUAUGAUGAUGCCCCACCCCCUCCUUCCUGUUAGCCUGCCUCCUGCAUCUGUUGCCAUGGCGAUGAACCAGAUGAACCACCUGAAUACCAUAGCAAACAUGGCUGCAGCAGCCCAGAUGCAGAGUCCUCUGUCCAGGGCAGGAGCGUCUGUUAUAAAGGAACGGGUCCAGGACAGCCUAUCCCCAGCUCUGUCUCUGGAGGAAAAUCAGUGCCCUAGGAGCCACGCCUCUUCACAUCAGAGCAGCAGUGCCUCAAGCUCCCCCUCCCCUCAUGACACCUCUGAUCGGCUAGCAAUGGUGCCUAAUCCAAGGGAUGGAGAGAUGUCUGAUCGGGAUGCAGCUAUAAAUGUGAAGAAGAUCUUGAAGGAGAAAGAUGAGACCCAGCUGGUAUUGCCCAUGAUGAAGCCUAGCUUUGACAAGCUUCCCUUGACAGGGCAGACGCUGCCCCCUGGAUUCCCAGGUCCCUUCUUGUUUGCUGAUGGGCUGUCCUCCGUGGAAACCCUCCUAACCAAUAUCCAGGGCCUUCUCAAAGUAGCUGUGGAUAAUGCAAGAGUCCAGGACAAACAGAUACAGCAGGAGAAGAAAGAUUUAAAGAUGGAGCUUUACAGGGAAAGAGAGAUAAGGGAGACUCUUGAGCGACAGCUCACAUCUGAGCUGCAGAGCCGAGCCACAAUUCAGAAGCGACUGAAGAAAGAGAAGAAGGCAAAGAGGAAACUCCAGGAGGCUCUGGAGUUUGAAUCCAAAAGAAGAGAACAAGUGGAGCAGGCAUUAAAACAGGCCACUUCACCCGAAAGUUUUAGGAUUUUAAAUGAUGCAGUUAUCCCAGAGGUGGAGACAGAACACAAUGGGGCCCAGCAUGAGAAUGCAGCUGUACAAGAAAACAGACCAUACAUCAAACCUCCAAUAAUGUACUAAAUGGAAUUAUUUUACCAUAAGGACAGGACUGGUGCAGUGCCCUCUUGUGAACAUUUCUACUGGUGCCCUAACCAACUUGAAGAGAUGUUUCAUAAACCUGUAAAGUUUGUUCAGUACCUUCACAGCAUUGCUACAACAACUUGUAAAGGCUUUUUUUUUUUUUUUUUUUUUUUUUGCUGUCUAAGACUGGCAGUUUUUUGGGGGAUUACAGUACCAUGUUAAGCACACGAAGAAGCCAAUACCCUCUCAACACUCCUGCUGAAAUAUUUUGUACUACAAAUGCCACAACUGUCCAUAAACAGCACAAUAGUUCUGUAAGGCUUGUAUAGACUGUGUUGUCUUUUCGUUGACUAAAGACCAUUAGAGCCAUGAAACAUGGAACAGAAUCAACAGCAAACAUGUAUAUUAAUACACACUGCUUUGUAUACUGAAACGGAUGCUCAACAUGUUAACAUAUAAAAGAAAACAUAUGUGUGAUUUUUUUCUCUCUUUUUGGAAAAUAAUGAUGUAGAAAAGAAAAAAGCUCUGUCAUGGGAUGACAGAUGCAAUAGACCCCGAAAGCAAAAUGGUUGGACUCUGAGUAUUGAAUAGCUCAGCCUCAGUAAUUGGAAGAUACUGAAUCACAUACAUUAGACUGUUAGUCUUGGUUGCUCUGUUCUACUGCAUUAAUUUCAAAAUAUUUUGUUCAAAUGUUCUUGCUAAAAAAUACAGUAUUCAAAUCAUUUUUUUUUUGUUUUACCUUGUUUGUCAAAAAAAAAAAAAAAAAAAAACUUGUAAAAAGAGGUUUAGUUUCUGCUGUUUAUGAUGUCAAUAAUAACAUAGAUUUUUAGCGAGAAAAGGAUGAUCUUUCAAUCAUUAGCAAGCAUGGCAAAUCAUGAUAUACUUUAAAGUGAAAGUUUUCAGGUGAUUCUAUAAUCUUGGUCAUUAGUUAUUUUCUUGUUAAGGCGUUCUGGACAUCUGUAUAGCUGUAGUGUCUAACAAUUCUCUGAAAGUCAUUUUUAUGUCUGUUGGCAGCAAGUAGGCACUGAUGAGCUUGUUUUAAUGGUGAAAAUGCCAUGUUUUUAUUUCUUUUAAAGCCCAUAAAGGCAUUAAGUCCAAGCAACUUCACAGACUGUUUUUAAAAAUAAAAGGUGAACUACA